AUGUUGUUCUGGGAGCGGGGCGUCUGGACUGGAGUGAGCGGGCGAGCGGCAGACGAGUGGGGCAGGCCGCCACCGCAGUCCGCGCCCGGGCCCGACGUCGGCCUGUCUGAUUUUGUGUUAUCAGCUGUGAGUGUACAUGGGGUGCUUGGUGUGCCCCUGAAGUGGUCGGUGCGCGCGUCUCCGCUGUAUACGGUGAGCGCCAUGGCGGCGACGGCCCGCCGUGAGAUAGACACCGGCGAGGAAGACAUAGCCGCUAUCGCCAAACAGAUUUCGGACCAUGCCGAAGCUAUUUACCAGACUUGGAAGGCACGUGGCCUUGCACCCACGGAGAUAUUGUCGUGCAGACCGACGCCCGGCGUGGGCUUGAAGUUGGGUGAUCUCCGAACUAAGCCGAAGACUGAACCUAAGCCAGAAAUAAAGCAGAGACCGGAUAUAAGGCGCGAACUACGUCCAGAGGUGGUUCGGGAUCAACGUCUUGAUGCCAGGAGAGAGCAGCGAUCGGAAACUCGUCGUGAACAUUGGCAAGAGCCAGAGGAAGAAACUAUAGAGGUCACAUUGCCACCGGAUUUAGUACCGGAGCGAAACGGAACGACGAGUACUAGCACAGGUGCUAGAAGAGCCGAUCCUGCUGCAAUGCGACUGGAGGUCGCCAGGGAGGAGGAGCGCUUGUUGCGAGCUUUACGGACCGGUGGAGUGGUGGCUGAACGCACAGCCGAGAGACCUGAUGUGGUGCCACCGAUAUCUCUGGUUGAUUACGCAAAGAGUAGAUAUCAGGAUCGAUUAGACUCUGGGGCGAGGAAGCCAUCUACGGGUGCCAGUGGCGAGCGCAGAGCUUCUCUCGGGUCACACGUGACUGAAGCGCGUUCUAAAUUCGAAGCACGAGCGCGACGUGCGUCAAGCGCCGGCGCUGGCGAGCCCGCCACCGCUGCAGGUGCGACUCCCGUGAGGCCUUUUCUAACGCGCGGCUCAGUGGCUGAGCGGGUGCUUAUGUUUGAACGAUGUCCCAGUGAAGCAACUCUCGAACUUGCCAAACGAAAAUCUCCUGCGGCCACGACGUGGCGGGGACCUCACGAUGUCAUCAACAGAGCACAGGUGAACGACGAGAUGACAGCUGACAAAAAAGAAAAUAUAAAGACUUUUGAUCCCGAUCAAAUUGAAACUAGGGAAGAAUGA